AUGGGUGCUUGUCUGCGAGGAACGACGCUGCUUGCUUGUCGUGAAGUUGGUGAAGUCGAAGUUGAAAAGAAGAAGACGAAGAAGCAGAAGAAAAAGGAAAAGCAAACGCAGGGACCACCCUCUGCUUCUGCUUCGGGCAAAGAUCGGCACGACGAGGCGCAUCUUCACUAUUUCCACCUUGUCAAGAAGGCCGGCCAGCGAGAUGCUGUUUCCAUGUUGCAGGAGACUGACCAGGGGCCCUGCAAGUUCAAGCAUCAGGUCCUGUCUGGGGAAACUGGCGCGAGACAUGUUACUCGUUCCGCCCGGUACGGGGCUUUUUUUACACGCAUCAUUUACCAGUUACAUAAUGGUACAGACCAGGCCAGGUUCAACACCCCCUCUGCACUCCGAGAAGCAUACAUCACAUUCCGUGCAGCCUUUCCCCAUCUACACGAGCCCGCGCGAAUCGAUGACAGGUUCCGUUUGGAGGAAAAAGAGGGUAACGAGCAAGAAAGAGGAUACUCUGUUUUUCGUCUUCCAUGCAUGACUCCAACCGGAGACGAAGGCUGCCAAUUUAAUCCACUGUGA